UCCUAUCAAUCAAAAGAUUGCGGGAAAACACAUGGAUUUCGUGCUGUGUGUAAAGGUGAUGUCUCUUGUGUGGAAUGACGACAAAACUGCAGUUUGUAAUCUCUGCACCGCAAAAAUUUUACAUAGGAAGUAAAUUUUACAACGCAGAAGUUUCGGCGUCGAGUCAAACUGUUUACUUUUGGUCAUAGUGUUUUAAUUAGACAUUACAGAUCUUACUCGCGCUACCACUCUGUAUCACCGCGCGUGAGGAGCGAUGCGGCCUCGUUAAUAACACAUCACUUCCGUUAUAAUAAAGAACAGAAGUUACACUGAUACAGCAUAUAAUGACAAUAAACUUAAAUUAAACUAAACCUUUUAAGCAAGUUGUAACAGCAUCACUGUCAUGCUUCCGUGCUACACAAACUCCGCUUUAUAAAGUUUGAUCUUCUUCAGGGUGUUUAAUAUAAAAUGCUCUCUGCCUUAGCGGACUUGGAGAUUCUUCCUCAGUCACGUGACGAUUUCGCCUCCAUCUGAUGGUGACCGAGGUCAUGUUAGGAAUAAAAGGUAACGCUGACAUAAAGAGUAAACUGAAGAAAGCUGUUGUUGGUGACUCUGGGUAUUCUGGCUAGCGGUGUCGCAUUACGUGAGUUUGACGUCAUGCGCCACUGACUAGGAAGCGGCUAUACUUCCGGUUAUUAAAAAAAACGCUAGUGUUCCUUUUGAGAUAGUACUACCUUUCUAAACUUCAUACACUAGACUGUAGUGCAGAGUGCAUAGUGUAAGUGUAUAGUACAGCAUUUGGGACACAACUUUAGUAUUUACUCUCCGAACUGUGUUUUCGGAACAGAAGUAACGUAGUGAGUAAACACACCCCGUGCUGUGCACAGACCGACCAAUCGAUAAUGAGAUUCGUAGAGCACAGAAAUAAUUAAAUUAUAAUUCAAAAAUAGUUUAAUUAAAUGUUUCUGGUAUAUAGUGUAUUAAUAUGUAAGUGGUACUGGUAUAUAGUGUAAGUGGUACUAGUAUAUAGUGUAGUAAUAUGUAAGUGGUACUAGUAUAUAGUGUAGUAAUAUGUAAGUGGUACUGGUAUAUAGUGUAGUAAUAUGUAAGUGGUACUAGUAUAUAGUGUAGUAAUAUGUAAGUGGUACUGGUAUAUAGUGUAGUAAUAUGUAAGUGGUACUGGUAUAUAGUGUAGUAAUAUGUAAGUGGUACUAGUAUAUAGUGUAGUAAUAUGUAAGUGGUACUGGUAUAUAGUGUAGUAAUAUGUAAGUGGUACUGGUAUAUAGUGUAGUAAUAUGUAAGUGGUACUGGUAUAUAGUGUAGUAAUAUGUAAGUGGCACUAAAUUAGGCUUUUGUUUGGUGUGUAUAUAUAUGUGGGUGUGUGUGUGUGUGUGUAUGACUCAUUUCUGCCCUUCAUCUUUCCAGGCUCCCCCACACUGCCAGUUGGAUGGUGUUCAAGACAGCAGUCGCUGUGAAGGCUGAGGGAGGUGUGGAAUUUGGGCAGAAGGGCUUGAUGAUGGAGCUACAGAGUCUACAGGAGGCUCUCAAAGUGGAGAUACAGAUUCAUCAGAAGCUAGUUGCACAGAUGAAGCAAGAUCCACAGAACGCUGAGCUGAAGCUACAGCUGCAUGACCUUCAGGCCAAGAUCACAGUGCUGAGCGAGCGACAGAAAAAGGUGGUGGAGCAGUUGAGGAGAGAUUUGCUGGUGAAGCAGGAAUCGGCGGAGAUCAGGCUCCAGACACACACGCAGCUCCCUCUACAGGCCGAUGGCAAAACUACUACACUGAUCUCCAACCAGAACCAGAGCUCUCUUCCUCCAACUCACCUCAACACUCCACAAAACUCCGUGAGUGUGACUCCAGUCAUUGCCACUAAGACUCUACCUCUGAUGCUGAGAGCUGCCACACCCACCACUCCCAUUGCCAUGAUGCCUACGCCCACCAUCGCCAUGGUUACCACCCUCACCAAUACGCCCCGCCCCAGCCUUCCAAACUCAGACCCCCAGAAUUCAUCGAUAGGUCUCCAGACAGCCAGCAAGCCAGCCAGUCAGGGAACUGAGCCUGUGCGGAUUGUUCCCAAAAACACCAUUGUUGUAAGUGAACGUGUCAGUGUGUACAUGUCAGCAGUGGCGUCCGGCAGUGGUGAGAGGUUUACUAAUAAACAUGAGAAAGCAGAGAAAACAGUAUGGAUUUUUUUUACUCUGGUUUCUACAGUCAUAGUGAAAACUACGAAGAAAGACGGAUUUCUUUUAAUACGUUAUUGUUACAAAACCUUGUUAUUCCUGUUGAUUUAUUCUUUUGUAAUGCCCAAAACAUCUGUGGCUCCAGCAGCACUGCAGCCAAUCCUGGCCUCAUCUCAGCAGCCUGUGCUCCUUACUGCCAAGCUCAGCUCAGCUCUGCUGCCCUCAACAGGCCCAGUGCACCAACUCCACAUUUUUAAUCCCCAACCUGGCACUGCCAAUGCCCCGCCUGGAACCACUAACGCCACCCAGCCGUGCCCUGGCACUGCCCAGCCUGGCUUUAACAUAAUCCAGCCUUGCCCCAGCAUCACCAUGACACUCAGCACCAACAUCAGUCAGUUCAGUACUAGCAGCACAAAGCACAACACACAGCUUCCCAGCAUUCUCAUCUCGCCCCAACCCAGCAAACCCCAUGCUGUAUGCUCUGUUCAAGCUAACGCCGACUCUGCAAACGCAGGCACACCUCACACAGCCCGGAGCAGCGAGCCCUGCCCUAUUACCCCUACACCUGACACAGUAGACAGAGUGGAGCCAAAGACAUCAACCAGCAGCCCUGCACCUUGCCCAGUUCCAAUGAAAUCACCUGUCCCUUCUCCAACCUCCAGCACACACACCCAGUCACACACAAACACACCUGUAACUUCACACACCCCUACACCCAAGCCAAGUCAGGAUAACCCGCUGAAACUGGCCUUCAUGCUGUCUCUGGGGCUCGUAACACACGACUAUCUGGAGGAGAUUCAGAGCAAACGUCAAGAGAGAAAGAGACGAACAACAGCAAAUCCCGUGUAUAGUGGAGCAGUGUUUGAGCCAGAGCGUAAGAAAAGCACAGUGUCUUACCUGAAUUCUGCUAAUCAAGAGUACAAUAAGAGAGGUCGCCCACCCAAACCCAGCAGUGUGGUGGAGAGGGGCAUCAGCCCUUUGACCCCCACCAGCCUACACCCAGCGUGUGUGGGUCCUCACUUCCCCAUCUUUCCACAAUCCCUCUCAUCACAUCCAUCCCCAUCCAGCCCUCGUCUCAGCCUGAGCUCAGUAGGGGAUAUUCUGAAGAAGGAUGAAGUGAUAGAGUGGCCUGGAACUCUUGCCAUAGUCCAUUCCUACAUUUCUUACAAAGCAGAGAGAGAACAGGAGAAGCAAAGGCUGGAGAAGUGGAGCUCUGAACUGCAGCAGGAGAGAGAGGAGCUAGAGCUCAAAGCUAAACAGCUCAGUGACUCCAUCACGAUAUGUACAGAGAGCAGGAAUGGUGUUCUGGCCCGACAGAGGGAAAUGGAGGCCUCAAUAGAGAAGGUGAAGGAUCUAGUACGUCUCAUUAGGGGCAUCCAACUGCCCUCUCUGCCCCAGUUCUUGGCCCUGGGCAUUAGCAGCAGAAAUCCAGGCACUAUUUUGACCCAACAACCCACCAUCAGUCCCAGCUCGGAGGAAAACCAACAUCCAAACAGAAAGAACAGCACAAGCUUGGGUAGUCUCUCUGAUGUAGGCAACACCUUUACAGAUCUCAGAGAUGCCUCAAACCUACACAACAAUCCCGCAAGCACCAACAGCAGCAUCUCAAGCGCUGAGAAAACGACCGGGGACACCAGUGAAACGAAGAUCACUUCCGUUAGCCGACACGGUUCUGUUACAAACACCUCUCCAACACUCAGCAAUACACACAGCCAGAACACCAUGUGUGCCAGCUCAAACGGGACUCUGGAGCCAGAGGAUGGAUAUGACGAAAGCCAAAACCAAAAUAUCGCCAGUGAGAAAGGUUGCAUGGGAGACCUAAAUAAAAACAGCAUCAGGGACCUUAGAGGAAGCGUGGAGCCUCCGUUGCCUACAGUAAUGCCCUUGCCAGAGGUAGUACAAGGUAUAGAAUAGUAUCGAAAUUAAAGCGUGCACCCCGUUCUACCCCCUUACACCCCAUAGACCUCCGAUCUAAAAGUGUCCUAAGUUGCCAUUUAAUGUUUCUGUUCCUGUGUUGUCUUGUCUGUAAGAAUCCACAGUGCCAUUUUGGAUGAAGCAGGAUUAAAAGUUCUAAAGUACCAGCACCUGAAAAGAAAAUUAACACAAAUAAUAAUCAAUAAUAAUAUAAAGAAAGAAAUAAAUUAAAGAGUUAUCAGAGUUUAAGAUAUCACACCAACGUGUGCCUGCUACAGAUGCCAUUGCACCUCUUGGUUGGGAAGCGUACAGAACAACUGAGCAACGGCUUUUUACAGCUAUUAAAACAUUAGAGUUAGGACAUAAGUAGGCAUGUGCCGAUAAUAUACAAUACUUAUAUACAAUAUAUUAUUGGGAUAUUAAACGUGCACGAUCUUGUUGUUGUAGGCAAUAAUAUUAUUAUGCCUGUUUUUUUGCUCUUGGGACGAGGUUAAUAUGAGGACAGCCAAGUGAAGGACCUUACUUUGGCCAGUUUUGAAGGCAGCAUCACAUUUAACCCUCGGUGUGAAAGCAGUCACAUUAUUCCGUUUAUCAUGAACGUUUCAAAUGUGCUGACUGAAAUCCUUCAUUGUUCACUUUAGCUAGCUAUCAUAAAACAGUCUGGUAGGCAAACAGUUCGUUCUUUAGCUGUUGGUCAGCUAGUACAGUAUGUCAUCUCAUUAUUUUAUAGAAAAACUAACCUUAUGUGUAAAGCUAAUGUUGUUAUUAGCAUUGUUCAUUAGUUUAUUCCUUCAUCUCCAGUAUCACUUUAUCCAGGUCAGAGUCAGUGUAUCUGGAGCACCCAGGAACCCCAGGCAUGAGGGCAGGAAGACACCCUGGAUGCGAUGUCAGUCCAUCACAUCCAGGGAUUUCUUAUUUUACCAACUUGAUUGUAAAAUAAAUGCACAAGAACUUCGACAUUAGGAAUAUGAGGUUGCUAAAGCUUCUCCCUGCUAUUUCCAGUUAAAAUGGAGUGCGACAAGACAGAUACAGGUAAGCAUGUAGUAAUUAUUAAAUGUGAUAUUGUGAUUACAUCAUAAACAAUGAUAAAAAAAAAUGAUAUCACAAUAUGAAAAAUGUAUAUCGGUACAUGUCUACUUCUGGUCCUACUGCUUUUUAAAAAAGAGUAAUAAGGCUGAUCGAGUGAUAGAAUCAGUCCAGUACAGGUGUAGGGCUUUUUUAUGUUUUUUCCCCCUCUGGGCUCCAAAGCAGAACAGCUAUGAGAAAGACAUGAAUCAUGAUUUAUAAGCAGGUCUUCCAGGUGUUCAAAAAGCCACACACCUAUUAGAUGUAUUUGUUCUAUUUAUAACGUCCAUGUGCAGCGAUCCUGUAAGUAUAUUUUUCAAUCGUUGUCUUUUCAAAUAAAUUACUCAGCUCUGUUUUGCCAAAUAUUGUUUGCCACAGGGACAUGUAUUUUUUACUUUAUGGCGAUUAAAUAGAUGUAUGAACAACAGCAUUGUAUUUGUGUAGCAUCAGUAUUGAGGACUCUUAAUAAAGCGUCAGACACACACAGCCUUUACUAGUGAUCGAAACGACAUGUGUCUGAGUGUUGAGGCAGAUCUCAAACACAAACUUUACAACACAGGAUUUCACAUGGAAUGUUCCAUCUCUUUCCCAAAUCGGUUUUUCAAAUCAGACUAUAAUAAAUCGAUCACUUCAUUAACAGAAAGACUCUCUAAUCAGACUAUACGAGGACAUGGUGGUUAGAUUCUCUCUAUCGUGUACCACAGGGCUGACGGCAUCUGGACACUAAGUAAAAGUUAGUUAGUGUAGGUUUCUGCAGCGCACUGACGGUAGACAUGGUGUUCUGUCGCUUGUCACCGGUGGGGUUAUUUGGCCCUGUGGUACUUAACUGUUGGUUUAUGCACAUUUUAUCAAAUGUUUUCUUUGUGAAACGAUGCUUAUGUAGCAUUAUACAAGGGCUUUCUAUUUUGUAUUGUUUUAUUAGCUGAAGUGUUCGCCUUCCACAUGGCAGCACUGUUAAGACGACUCGGAGCAAAAGCACAGGAGGGCGAGGUUUAGCUAAGAACCCAACAGCACAGGAACAUGAAUGAACCCAACACCGCUCCACUCAUCUGCCACCAUAUCAUGUUAUAGAGUGAGUGAUCAAAGACAUGCUGCAUUUGUAUCAUAUCUCUGAACGUCUACAGAUGUGAGUGUCAGACCAUUAUAAAUACAAGAGUGUGUGUUUUAUACAAGGGUAUGGCGGCUUUAUGAAGCUUUAUGUCCAUAAUGAAGCACAAAAGAUCAUGCAGAGAUGCAAAUUACAGAUAUAAAUGUGAUGCAGGACUGUGUAAAUAUAAAUAGUACUGGUUGUGUCCUCGUAUCAGCUUUGUGUGUGUGUGUGUGUGUUGGGGGGGUUUGUGUGUGUGCGUGUGCGCGUGUUUCACUACUCAGGCAGUCAACCCGUCUGGCCUGUAGUAGAGUUUUAAAGCGGUUGCCUUAACAUGCUCUGGUUUCUUGGUUAAUGUGACGUCCCAGUUGGAGGAACGUUUCCGUGUCCAUGUGAUUCGGCAGUGUGUUGUGUGUGUUUCCCUCCAGGAGUCCGUACUGCUUUCUGUUGCACUAUCAUCAGAUUUGAGUUGUGUAUCAUAUGCUUUUUUUUUUUGGCCAGUGCCUGAUUUGAGGUUUUUUUUACAAGUACCUGUAAUUUUAUUCUGAAACUUUCAGUUAAAACAAUGUAAUUGUUUGUUUGUUGUUGUUAUUGUUGUUGUUGUUUUUAUUUCUGGAGUGCUUCUGCGUCCAUUUCAUGGUUUAGUUGGUUUGAUUCAACGCAGCCGAGCUUCAUUUCUGACCUGCUACACAAUAGCGUUUAGCACCGAGCCAAUUCAUUUCAAUUUUCUAAAGCCCUGCGGGAAACAGAACAUUUUCCAGAUGAAUAAACGAUUGUUUGCAGGUGACGUUUAUACAGACGUGUGUGAAUUUGCCAGAGUGGGACCUAAUGGACAAAAACUUGUGGGCAGCUUUAAGCCCUGUAUAAUGAAGGGGAAGGGGGGAGGGGAUUACAGAAUACAUACAAAACUGUUGUUGAGUCUCACUACAGCUGUGAGAUCUCAGUUGUGAACAUUGAUGUGCAUUUUUCUACAGAGAAUUGUUCUUUUUUUUUCCUUUUUUUUUUUUUUUUAAAUUUGCUACGAUGAUGAAAUGUCUGAUAUAAUAAAAGUGUGUUUUAGGGGUUGGUAAGGGAUUGCCCAUUAAAUUGGAUAUUUGCAAAUGACAUCUUCAGCCCUUGUUGGCCAGCAAAUGUCAGGUUUUGCUGAAAAGACUGAUUAUUUGUGUUUGGAUGUUUUAAAGCUGUAGUGUCCGAAAGUGUGGAAAGUCUCUGCAUAUAUGUUACAUACACUAGAGAAUAAUAAGUGUUUGUGUCAUUUUAUUGGUCCCUAAAGUGUUUUUAAAAAAUAAAAUAAAGAAAUACAUUUUUAAAAAUGUGAAACUACUGAAAAACCCAACACUGAGGCAGUGCAUCACAGUCCAACUUUAGGCUGCGUGGGCUGAGUGUUGAGGUUCCCAGUCACGUUUUGACUCAACACAAACAUGCACGCCUUCCUUUUAUACCAUUACCUCAUUAAAGGGCCUCUCACCUGUACGAAUUCAGGAAGGUAAUCAACUAAGGAGCAUUGCACAAACAAAUACAACAAAUUCACAGCGGUACACCCCUCGUGCCAAACAAAUUAUGAAGUGUUCAGUAAAGACGUGUUGAAUAUUUUUUCAUAAUGGUUUAAAGUAUGAUGUGAUGAAUUACUUUUUUACAGUUUAUAUGUUAUCUGGUCUUUGUUGGUCUUUGUUGUCUGGUGCUGCCUGAUGUUGGUUUGUUUGUUUCAUUCAUAGACUUCAUCGUUUUCUUCGUGGAAGUUAUUUAAUGCACAUUUACACAUCUUUCUUCAUGUUGAAGGGGAUGGGCAUUUUAGGAGCAUUUGAUCAAUUUGUAUUUAUUAAUUUUUACCAUUUUUGCUAAUUAAAACCAUAAAGUCAAUCACUGUUUCAUUUGUCUGUUUCUGCAUCAAGCUG